AUGGGAGUUGUAUGUAGCUCACCUUCCACAUUAUUUAAAUCAAGAAAUGGCCAAAAGGAGAAAGUCGAAGAUAGUGUUGAAGACAAUUAUGACAAGCGAAAGGCUGCUGCUUUGCCUUUUGCGAAGCCUCUCGCCUCUAAGAAGUUGAAUAAGAAGGUUCUCAAGACCGUCAAGAAGGCUUCAAAGGCUAAGCAUGUCAAGAGAGGAGUCAAAGAAGUCGUCAAAGCUUUGCGUAAAGGCGAAAAGGGUCUUGUCAUCAUUGCUGGAGAUAUCUCUCCUCCGGAUGUAAUCUCCCAUAUUCCAGUCCUAUGUGAGGAUUCAUCAGUUCCUUACAUUUUUAUUCCCUCAAAAGAAGAUUUGGGAUCUGCUGGUGCAACCAAGAGGCCAACGUCAUGCGUUUUCGUGAUACCAAGCGGUGGCAAAUCAAAGAAGAACGCAGAAAAAGCUGAAGAGUAUAAGGAUGCAUAUGACGAGCUCGUUAAAGAGGUCGCUACAUUGGAAUAG